UUACGUACACGCGACGAUGAAAACAGAGGAAGUGACAGUGUAAAAUGAAUGGUAAUGAAAUUCGAACGUAGGUCAUAGGGUUAAUCGACGUGGCUGAAAACCGACGUUCAUUGUCAUAGUUGGUCUCGGAUCUUCUAAAAGCUCGUUUCGUGGUAGAAAGAGCCAGCAUGUCCAACGAGAAACCCGCUAAGAGGCAGGAGAUAAACUGGGGAGUGGUGUUGUGGUGCAUUCAUCUGCACGUUCUUGGAUUAUACGCUGCGUGGCUGAUGUUCACUUCUGCCAAAUGGAUGACUGUUUUCUUCACGCUUUUCAUAACAUUGCUCGGCUGCCUUGGAGUGACCGUGGGCGCUCAUAGAUUAUGGGCUCACAGGACCUUCAAUGCGUCGAGUUCACUUAGGCUUUUCCUCAUGUUGGCUCACACCCUCGCCGGGGCGGGAACGAUCUACAACUGGGUGCUCUACCACAGACUACAUCACAAGUACUACAAAACCGACAAAGAUCCCUACAAUCACAAAAAAGGGUUCCUGUACAGUCACUAUCUGGGGAACUUCUGGACGCCGAAAGUCGAUUUUGAACAGGCAAAGAAAGAAAUUGACAUGCGUGACAUGGAUUCCGAUGGAUACGUUUGGCUGCAGCACAAAUUCUACUGGAUAAUCUUCGCUAUAGUUGGAGUGCUACUACCGCUGAACGCACCAUUAGAGUAUUGGGACGAGUCGUUAGGGUUGACUGUACUGAUUACUGGAAUUCUACGGUUCGCCAUUACAUUGAAUGUAUCGUGGUUGGUGAACAGCGCAAUGCACAUCUGGGGCACCGGCGAGAACAACGAUCCUCGUUUCGACCUAGGUCUAUUUUUCAUUACGAAGUCCAACUGGCUAACCUACCACUACAUGGUUCCCUGGGAUUGGAAGAAUGGCGAAUUCGGUACAUACAACAAAGGCUGCAGCACAUUCUUCAUAAAAAUGUGGAACGAACUCGGAUUCGUCGAUCACUUGCUAUCAGUGACCACACACGACUUGAGAGCAAUUCUUCACGAUGUAACAAACAAGAAAACAUCAUUGCAGGAAGGACUGGAUGAGUUGAAGAAAAUUUCUCAGUAUAAAGCUGCCAAAGACCAUCUUAAAUUCCAGUUGUAGAAAUAAUAUUCCUAAUAUGAUUUGUUGAAGUUUAAAAUUUCAAAUAUCAUCUCUCACAUUAUAUACAAUGAUUAAUUAUGUUAUUAAAUUGUAUUAAUCCCUGUUCUACUAGUCUUGAAACUGAUCAAGCUCGUCCAUAAACAUAGCUAGCACAGAACAAUUGUUUUAAACGUCGAUCAGUUACUUACGUGUAUGUUGUUCUUAAAACAAAAUAAAGUUAAGUACGCGUUUAACACUAACUGCACCGCAAAUCGGUCAAAUGACCGGGUUUUAAAUUUUAUUGUAAAUUAUACGUUUUCGUUUGUUCAUUUAAUUUGAUAUCAAUUCCUGUACUGCGUGAUUAAUAGAUUUUUCGAUGUU